ACGAUGCUCGACAAAUGAAGUUUCUAGCUGAAAUCACGGCAUUUUUUCUACCCCUGACAGCACUUGCCGUAAGUUUCAUCUAAUGGUUAUGUUAUAUCUGCUAUACUUGGCUUGCUAAUCAUGUCUGGUAUAACAGACCUUUUUUAGUAUGGAUUUUGUUUCGAUUUCGGAAAUUAGUAAGGAUGGGCCGUUCCCAACACUCGAGAAUGUGAAGUUCAUAUGGAUAUACUUCCUCGCUUUGAUUGUUAUGUCGAUAGCCGUGUUUGGCUGGUGGUACUACAAACGGAUGUCCGAAGCAAAUAAGAGUCCAACAGCGGCGAUAACCGAGGGAUCCAUUGAAGAUCAAGCCGAGAGCACAAUAGGGUUGCAGCCUCUUCACAACCCGGCCAAUGAAACAGCGAAUCGCAGACAAUACAACGGAAAAGUGCUAAGACAGGCAUUGGAUGAGUUCAAGAAUCUUGGUCGAAGUCCAGAAGUCAGUGAUGAAGAACUUUCAAGGGCCUUCAAAAAAAUCAGGAUUGCCAAAACGGCUUUGGAAACAGGGUAUGAUUUUGACGAACUUUGGAAAUCAGUACAGGAAGCCGACGAACAGUUGGGUCUGUCUCACGGCGAAGCUUGAUACAAACUUAUUGUAACAGCUAGUGAGCAAUAUACAUGAGCGCGCUUGUAACCUGCUGUGUAUCUGCUCGCAGGUCAAGGUACGCACGCCUGA